AGAGGGAAAGGGACAUUUUGGUGCCCGAGGGACUUCGAGUCCAGAGGGGCUUUCACUGAGCUUGGGACUUCCGAGAAGACUCCGCCUCCUCCCCACCUGCGGUAAAAGCCUGGCAAGUGAAGGGGCGUGACCCUGGUGCUCAGGUUUCUUCCUCUUCACCUGGGCCUGGAGGGGUAGGGACCAGGACUUCCGGCUCAGCCUCGGGCCGACAGCUCAGGGUACUUUGGGGACUUCAAGCACCCGGGGCCGCACCCGUACGGCCCCUUCGCCUUUUGUUUGGGAAGGGUCGCGGAGCGCGCCGGAGGGAGCCGCCUGGCCUUCGCGGAUCGCUUUUGUUGACCACCAGUCCUGAGCCCUCGGCUGUGAGACCCUUGCCCCGCCGGAGGGGUGGAUUUGUGUUUACUUUGGUGACAAGAUUUGCAGGCACUCGACCGAAAACUUUUUUAGCUCUUUGGGUGACUUAAAACACCCACGCCCGGAGCCCCCCGUCUCUUUUGAGGGCGGAAAUGGCUAAUUCGGGCCUGCAGCUGCUGGGCUUUUCCAUGGCUCUUCUGGGCUGGGUGGGCCUGGUGGCGUGCACCGCCAUCCCGCAGUGGCAGAUGAGCUCGUACGCGGGCGACAAUAUCAUCACGGCUCAGGCCAUGUACAAGGGGCUGUGGAUGGACUGCGUCACCCAGAGCACCGGCAUGAUGAGCUGCAAAAUGUACGACUCGGUGCUCGCCCUGUCGGCGGCCUUGCAGGCCACCCGAGCCCUAAUGGUGGUCUCCCUGGUGCUUGGCUUCCUGGCCAUGUUCGUGGCCACCAUGGGCAUGAAAUGUACAAACUGUGGGGGAGAUGACAAAGUGAAGAAGGCCCGUAUAGCUAUGACUGGAGGCAUCAUUUUCAUCUUGGCAGGUCUUUGUGCCUUGAUAGCUUGCUCCUGGUAUGGCCACCAGAUAGUCACAGACUUUUAUGACCCCACGGUCCCCACGAAUGUUAAGUACGAGUUUGGUCCUGCCAUCUUCAUUGGCUGGGCAGGAUCCUCUCUGACCCUUCUGGGAGGUGCACUGCUCUCUUGCUCCUGUCCUGGGAGUGAGAGCAAAACUGGGUAUCGUGCACCUCGCUCCUACCCUAAGCCCAACUCGGCCAAGGAGUACGUGUGAGCUGGACGCCUUGCCCCAGCCUGGCAGCCUAUAGGCGUGCCCAGACAUCUAGAAGGAACUGGGGCAGAGAGCUCAGCCCAUGGGCAGGGCGCGGAGCAGAAGCCUGCGGUCACUCCAGCCCAGCACACCAUGUACAGUUCCCUGGGGGGUUGGGUGGGGGAGACAAAAUGGGGAGGAUGUGCUUUUUGUACAGUAAUAAAAGUAUGUUUUGGAAAGUAGG